AUGAGCGAAAUCGGAUCUUCAGUUCCGGUGAAUGAAAAUAGACCUCUUUUGACAGAAGACGAGGUUGAGGCGCAGGCAAACUCAUCUACGGUGUGGCCUCUGAGCCGCAUCAGGGUAGCAAGAUGCGAGUGGAAGCUCUGGGGUUCGUUGGCAUUUAUUUUUGGGGCUUCAGCUUACAUCUACUCAUUUUCAAGGGUGAUGAAGGAUUCGUUUGUACUGUCUAGACAGCUACCCAUUGCCAUUUCGUUUCUCAAGACAUGCUUUGUCCUCCCGAUAUCGGUUAUUGUUACCGGGAUUGUGCAGAAGCUCUUGGUGACACGGACGAUAUCGAAGGUCUUCGACUACACGCUGAUUGCAUUUUCGUUUCUCUACCUUUUGAUUGGGAUGGUCCUCCUUCCCUUCGCAGAGAAGAUCCAGCCGGGACUUUAUUUCUCUCGGGACAUCUUUGCAGACGACAAGAUGGCAUACAAGGGAUUUGAGUUUCUGUUUGCAAUCUUCCUGAUAUUCAACGAGUGGACGACAAGCUUUGUCUAUGUAUGUGCGGAGCUGUUUGGGUCGCUGGUGGUGCAGUUUAUGUUCCUAGCAUUUGCAAACGAGGCGCUUACGAUCAGGCAGUCUACGAGGAUGAUGCCACUGUUCUAUGUGAUCUCCAACAUCCUUCUUCUGCUGUCGUCUGAAAGCACGAGCUUCUACUCGAAAAAAGUGAGGGAGUGGGACUACAAGAAGACAUGCUUGAUCACAAACUCCUUCUUUGCUGUGUUCGGAGCCAUGAUAGCUGUUACAUAUUUGGUGAAGAAGUAUGCAGAGAACACGAUUCUUAAGAAGCAGCUUUUUAUCCGGACUGAGGGAGUUGCCAAGAAGAAGGGACGCAAGUCUUCUGCUGGCUUUUCCGAAAGCAUGAAGCUUAUGGCGCAGUCGAAGUUUCUGGUUGCCAUGGUGAUGAAUGCCCUUUUCUACUAUGCAGGCACCAACCUCAUUGAGUCUUCGUGGAAAAACGGAAUAAGCGUUGCAGCAGAUGCCAACAACAUGGAGAAGAGAGCAUACUCGGCCUCGAUUGUGUCUGGGGAGCAACGUGUUGUUGGGGCUCUGGUUGCAAUAAUACUGCUGACGCCCAUAUCCACCCUUGUUCAGACACACGGAUGGAUAACCAUGGCAAUUGUUCCUCCACUAGUCACAUUAGUGUCUUCUCUGGUGAUAUUUGGAUCGGCAUUCUUCAACUACUCGAAUUAUCCGGAGGGGAAGACAAGCGUGAUCCUUUCCUCACUGGUCAAGGGAUAUAAGCCAAACUUCUAUCUAGAAUGCAACAUAGGGAUCUACUGCGUGAGCGGAAUGAAGAUUGCUAAGUAUGCCUUCUACGAUAUUUCAAAGGAGGCUAUUUCCCUUCAAAUUGACCCUCUAUACAGGCCUAGACUGAAGGCCGUCUAUGAUGGACUCUGUGGCAAGCUUGGGAAAUCAAUAGGAUCGCUCUACGCAAUGUUUUGGUCUGUGAUGGGAUACAACGAUGUGAGGGCUGCUGCACCGAUUACCCUUGGAAUGUGGCUGAUAAUAUCGCCCAUCUGGAUAUACUCAGUUAUAUACCUGAACAGGAAGUACAACCAAUCCAUCCAGACUUCAUCCCCAAUUGAUCUCGAUCUUUUCUCUGGUAAAAAGGAUCUUGAAUAA